AUGGAUAAAGUCUGGAUUGACUUUUGCGGCCAAGAGAAGGACAACGAGACAACGGGCUUGUGCUGUGUCACGUUUGUUCGGCCGUUAUUCUUGUUCCAUCAUCGUUCGUUCUCGUCCUCGUACUUGUCCUCGUCACUACUUUGA